AUGGUUCAUCUCCAUCAUGCAACUGUGGUUUCGCCUUUUAUUCAAUUUGAACGCUUCUCAAAAUUUGAACGACUUAUAAGAGCUCUGGCAUAUGUUUAUUUGUUCGGAGACCGCAGUCGGCGAAGAAAAGAUUCGAAGGAGUUAACUCGUGAGUAUCUACAGCUGGCGGAGGCAAGAAUCUAUCAAGCGGUGCAGGAAGAAUCAUAUCCCGACGAAGUGGUCACAUUAAAGAAGAAGCAAACGCCGGAUCGGAAUCCAAGGAUCGACAAGACCAGUAUACUGUACCAGCUGUCACCGUUCUUGGAUGGACUGGGUGUUAUACGGAUGGAGAGUCGGAUGAACAAUGCUUUAUGUGUGCCGUACGAAACGAGGUAUCCGAUGAUUCUGCCGAGAUAUCAUCGUGUGACGUGUCUGAUGAUCGACUACUAUCACCGCAGAUAUGGACACGGUAGCAACGAAUCAGUAUUGAACGAGAUCCGCCAAAAAUACCAUGUAUCUAGACACCGGGAAGCACUUCGUCAGAUAUCCAAGAACUGUGUCUGGUGCCGUGUUUACAAGAGUAGACCAAAAACGCCGAAAAUGUAUCCGCUACCGUCAGCAAGAUUGUCGCCGCAUGUACGGGCUUUCACUUUCGUUGGCCUCGACUAUUGUGGCCCGUUCCUGAUCAAGGUCAACCGAUCAAGUGUUAAGCGAUGGAUCGCUCUUUUCUGCUGCCUAACAGUCAGAGGUGUCCAUCUGGAAGUUGUACACACUCUGACAACAGAGUCGUGCAAACUGGCUAUUCGCCGAUUUAUUUCCUGCAGAGGUUCCCCACAGGAAAUAUACAGCGAUCAAGGAACUAAUUUUGUGGGGGCAAGGAGAGAAUUGGCCGAAUCGCUGCGAAACGUGAACCAAGAGUUGUCAGAGACGUUCACCAACACUCGUACUAAAUGGCACCUGAAUCCACCAGCGGCGCCACAUAUGGGCGGAGCCUGGGAGCGUCUCGUCAGAACCGUCAAGGCCGCAUUGGCGGCUCUGAAACUUCCGAAUAAGCCGAAUGAAGAGACAUUCGCCACAUUUGUAGCUGAAGCAGCAUCAAUGGUGAACUCAAGGCCGUUAACUUAUGUGCCAUUGGAGGACGAUUGCCAGGAGUCUCUUACUCCAAAUCACUUCAUCCUGCUUAGUUCAUCCGGAGUUGUGCAGCCUACGAAGACGCCGACGAACGAACGUGAUACUUUGCGCAAUAACUGGAAACAGAUUCAAAGCCUGUUGGAUCAAUUCUGGUCUCGAUGGAUCCGCGAGUGCCUACCGGUGAUUGCGCUGAGAGGAAAGUGGAUAGAAGACGUUGAGCCAAUUAAGAUGGGGGAUCUGGUGGUUAUAGUAGAGGAGACAGUCAGGAACAGCUGGACUAGAGGGCGGGUUGAGCGAGUGUACCAAGGUAAAGAUGGGCGGAUCCGCAAAGCAGAUGUUUUGACCAACAACGGAGUCUUCCAGAGGCCCGUUACGAAGUUGGCGGUGCUCGAUCUUGCAGACCGUGGUAUAGCUGGAUCAUAA